GCUAUACGAUAUUCCGUGGGGAACCGGUGAAGCGGUGGGGAAAACAACUUUUUGAAGUUUUUAGUGUACGCGACCUUGGUGAUUAUACUUAUCGUAUAUUUUAUUGUCAACAUUUCUUUCGUAUCAGAUUCGUCUGUUGUCCGAUAUUCUGUGUUUUAUCUUAGUGAAAUAUGGCUGCAGGCGGUCUUCUAAAAUCUACAAAAAUAACUUUGUGCUCUCUCCAAUCUGCCAAAGCAGCAGUGUCACAAUGCCGAGCCUUCACCACGCAGCUGACGGAGCAGCAGCAGGAGAUCCAGACACUAGCCCGCAACUUCUCGAAGGAGCAGCUCAAACCGCAGGCCUCCCAGCUUGACAUUCAAGCCAGGUUUCCCUUUGAUCCUAUAAAAAAGCUAACAAAGCUAGGCCUCAUGGGGGCCUGCGUUGACCCCGAGUACGGAGGCCUAGGGCUCGACUACCUGUCGCUCGCGAUCGCAGUGGAAGAGCUGUCCCGCGGCUGCGCUAGCACGGGCAUGAUACUGUCCAUACAUAACUUCCUUUAUGCUAACUUGGUUAAUGAGAGAGGAACGGAGGAACAGAAGGAAAUGUUUUUGAAGGAUUAUACGGCGGGCAGUAUUGGGUGCUUCGCGCUUAGUGAGCCAGGUGCUGGCAGCGACGUAGCAAACAUCGGAACCACAGCGCGAAGGGAUGGCGACUUCUGGAUCCUGAACGGCAAGAAGAGUUGGGUCACCUCCGCCAUAGAAGGACAGGCUACGGCUGUCUUUGCUACCUUUGACCCUGAGCUGAGACACAAGGGACUGGCAUGUUUCCUGGUGCCAAUGGACGCGGAGGGUGUAUUCAGGGGCAACAAGGAACCCCUUAUGAGCGUCAGCUUGUGCCACAGGGCGGCGACCGCGUGCGACCUCACGCUGCAGGACGUGCGUCUCCCGGCCUCCAGUCUGCUGGGGGCGGCGGGGGAGGGGUUCAAGAUCGCCAUGGCGCAGCUGGACCAAGCUAGGAUCGGCAUCGCGGCGCAUGCUGUGGGUAUCGCACAAGCGGCUCUAGACACGGCAAUGAACUACGCUAAGGAAAGAGUGGCGUUCGGCAAAAACCUGACGAGACUUCCUUCAGUGAAGGAUCGUCUCUCAGAUAUGUGCAUUCUAGUCGAAUCCGCCCGUUUGUUGACGUACCGUGCCGCGACGGACGUCAGUACAAAGAACAGCUCUAUGGCGAAGUAUGUAGCUGGUCGCAACGCAGUGACUGUCGCCGAUCACUGCGUACAGAUCCUAGGCGGUAGAGGGUUAUCUACGAAUUAUGAUGCGGAGAGACACUACAGGGAUGCGCGCGGCACGCAGAUCUACGGCGGCGUCACGGAUAUCCAGAAACGACUGAUCGGACAUUUCUUGCUCAAGGAACAUGACGCGCUUUGAUACUGUUAGUACCUAACUCCAAAUCGAUCCAACUAUUAAUUCUUUACAAUUAUGAAUGAAAGGUGGCGUACGCUCAGCGGGAGUGCAGAUACAGUGUUUAGUAUGAUUUUUUACUCAUACGUUAGUACAUAACCUAAACAACUUCAAGAUAUUUUGCAUUUAUUAACUACCUAUACAAAAGCCUUGAGACAGUAAGUAAUUUAAGUUAAAAUCUAACCCCGUUAUUCAUAAACGUACUCUAAAAUUAUCAAGCCGAUAAAGUUCGUUUGUCCCUUUCUAACGUAUUGGUGUGAUAGAAUAGGACAAACGAACUUUAUCGGCUUGAUAACUUUAGAGUACGUUUAUGAAUAACGGGGUAAGAAUUUUUAAAUGAAUUAUUCUAAUUUCAAAUGCGUUCUAUAAGCAAUCCAUAGAUUUAAGUGUCUGAUUUUCUUCCAUUCAUUAUUUUAAGUGUAAGUAUUGCUUUACUCUAAGCUAGUCGCAAAAGUUACAUAUCAAUAACAUUACUUACCUACAUAUGUAUAUUUGUUAAUUAUAUUUUUUAAAGUCUCAAAAUUGUUUUGCACUUGUUAAAAAAUGAACUUAUUAAAACGUACUUAUUCUAGUUGACAUUCCAAAAAUUAUGGUUUAAAAGUUUGGUUAAAAGGGUUUAUUAAUUGUGCAGGGUUUAUUAUUUUGAGAUAAAAUAUGUCUUCCAAGUCAUUUUUGGCUUCGCGUGUAAUUGUAGAUAUAAUAAUGCAUAGACUGUUCCUUCUUUUAUAAAAAGUUGGUUAAUUCUUUGUAAGUAAAUAAGCAAAAAUAUUGUAAAAUAUCCAGACAAUAAUGUAUAAGAGUAAAUAACUUUACAAGCACCUGUAUUCGAAAAUGUUAUUAAAAUGAAUAUACCUAUACCUAUUUUUUUUU